CGCGGGGUGAACACAGCUGCGGUGCGGCUGUGAAUAGAUUGUUAAUCGACGCCAAGAUAAAGUUGGCCGACCGGUACUAUUGAGGAUGACGCUUGGCAUGUCUAAGGCUUGCUUAAAGUAGAAAUAUGCAAUAAAUAUGCAAUGCCGAAGAAGCUACAAAUCUUAGUGCCGUUCGUCGUCGGCAUUCGUCCAACAUGACAGAUGCCGGGUCCAGAAAGCAGCAUGAGCCAGUUGCCAGCAGCGCUGGAGUGCUUACAAGCAUACGAGGAGCUCUGGCGGGGCCGAUAGCCGGAAUAUGCGCUAGAUUAGUCACUUACCCCGCCGACACCAUCAAAGCCCGGCUGCAGGUGCAGGCUGUUGCCCCGGGCGGGGGCGCCGCGCUGUACGGCAGCACAUGGUCCGCUAUCCGACAGGUGUCCCGCCACGAGGGCCUGCGCGGCUUCUACCGGGGUUUCGGUGCGGUGGCGGUGGGCAGUGCGCCCGCAAACCUCGCCUACUUCGCCACGUAUGAGGCCGCAAAGAAGCAGCUGCCGGCCGGCAGCGGUGCUCCGGGCGACCUGGCGGUGGGAGCCGCCGCUCAGCUGGUGGCGGGGCUGCUGUUCACCCCCACCGACAUCCUGAAGGAGCGGCUGCAGGUGGCGCCGCUGAUGGGGACGGACUGGCGCUACACGCGG